AUGAUUUGGUUUGGCAAGGAUAAUAAAGAAGCGGAGUCGAAUGACAACCACCGCGCAGGUAAAGAGAAAGAUGUGAUUGCACUGGAAGAGAUGUUUGUGGACCAUUCCAGUUUAUCGUCGCAGUCGGAAAAACAGUCCAAUGCAGGCUGGGGCAAGACGCAUAGAACAUUGCAAAACCGUCACGUGCAGCUCAUUGCCAUUGGUGGAAGUAUAGGGUAUGUUUACCAAGAUUUGAAAAGGCCUUGAUCUUUUCCUUUACUUGUUUGUUUGCUUGUUUUUUUUUUUUGCAAAAGAGUACUAACAUUCAGUUUCUUUUUCUUUCCAGAACUGGUCUUUUCGUUACUAUUGGUACCACUGGGUUGACCGCUGGAGGCCCGCUUGGGCUCUUGUUGUCGUACUUGUUGGCAACAAUCAUGAUUAUGUUGUUGACCACGGCUAUGGGAGAAAUGGUCUCGUACAUGCCGGUGAACUCGCCUUUUUUAAAUAUGGCCGGAAGAGUCAUUGAUCCUGCUUUUGAAGCUGCCGCCUCGGUCAAUUUCUGGAUCAUGCAGAGUCUUUACAUUCCCUUUGAAAUCACUGCAGUCAACGGUGUUAUCCACUUUUGGCGUGACGACUACUCGCCCGCAAUCACCUUGUGCAUUCAAAUCGCCGUCUACGCUGCCAUUAAUCUUUACGCCGUGAGGAUCUUUGGUGAAUGUGAGUUUUGGUUUUCCCUUUGCAAAUUGGUCUUGUGUAUUGGGUUGUUUUUUUUCACGCUCAUCACCAUGUGCGGAGGUAACCCAAAAGGCGAUGCGUUUGGCUUUCGAAACUGGCACGUUGCAGGCGGACCCAUUGGCGUGAUGUAUACAACGGGGAGCUUGGGUCGAUUUCAAGGAUUCUUGUAUAGUCUCAGAAACAGUGCCUCGUUCACGUGUGUUGGCUCGGAGUACCUCUCGAUGACCGCGUCCGAGCUGGUCAAUCCGAGAUACAAUAUGCCAAUUGCGUUUAGAACUGUGUUGUACCGUUUGGUGGUUUUCUACGUUGGCGGUGCCUUGUGUGUCGGUAUCUUGAUCGCUUACAACGAUCCCCAGUAUGUCAAGUUGAGUUCAGCCAGCUCCAACGGUGCCUCGUCUCCAUAUGUGGUUGCCAUGCAGAACUUGGGCAUCAAAGUCUUGCCCCACAUCACCAACGGGAUCAUUUUGACAUCUGCGUUCCUGGCUGGCUGUUCUUACACCUAUACCUCAUCGCGUUGCUUGUACAAUUUGGCCGUCAAGGGUUUUGUCCCUUCGUUUUUCAAGAAAUGCACCAAGCAAGGUGUGCCAAUCUUUUGUGUGUUUGUUUCCAUUUGUUUCUCGUUGUUGUCGUUGAUGCAAUUGGGAGAUGCCGGAACCAAGGUGUUGAACUUUAUGGUUAAUUUGUGUACUGGGUCGCAGAUUUUGAACUAUGCCUUUAUGUGUAUCACCUACAUUGGUUUCUACUUUGCAUGCAAGGCGCAGGGAGUCGACCGUUCCAAGUUUACAUACAGAGCAUGGUUCCAACCUUAUUUGAUUUAUAUUGCCACGGGAUACUACAUCAUCAUGGUUGUUAUCUUGGGCUACCAUGUGCUUAUGCCCGGUCGUUGGCUGAUUGAUGACUUUUUGUUCAGUUACAUUAUGAUUUUCGUUUCGUUGGCGGUGUUUAUUGCGUGGAAGUUGAUCAAGAAAACCAAGUUUGUCAAGCCUUCGGAAGCGGAUUUGACGAGUGGAUUGGACGAGAUUGAGGCUCAUGAGUUUGAGUACAAUGCGCAAAAGGGAGACGAGCAGGAAGCGGAAACCGGGUUCAAAGGAAAGAUCAAGGGCAUCUUGCAUUGGGUAUUCUGA